AUGGCGGGGCAGGACCCCCGGCCCGAGCACAGCAUCUGCACCAACAGCCUGGAGGAGAAGAGCCAGAAGGACGCUGGGGGGCUGAGACAGUCCCUGGGCGCCAUUUUCUGGCCCUUUGGGCAGAUUUUGGACAUUUUGGUGCGGCGCAGUCUCCGCCUGCGGGGCCAGGCCUUCGUCCCCUCCGAGGAGAUGAGCAGCGGCACCAACGCCCCGCGCUCCCUGCAGGGCUUCCCCUUCUACGACAAGCCCAUGCGGAUCCAGCACGCCCGGCCGGGCUCGGCCAGCGCGGCCGAGGGGAAGGGAACGUUGGUGGAGCGGGAGCGGGAGCGGGACAAGCGCGGAGCCAAGGGGGGAGAGGCCCCGGCCCCAAAGAGAGCGGGGCCGGAGCGCAGGGCUGUGGGAAAAGCCCUGAAGCACAUCCUGUUCCUGCCCCAGCUCCCUGAGGAGCCCAAGGAGCUGAUGCUCUCCGUGCUCUGCACCCAGUUCCCGGUUCCAGGAGCUGCGCUGGUGCCCGGGCGCCGCGACAUCGCCUGGCUGCAGUUGGACACCGAGGUGCAGGCGGGCGCCGCCCGCGAGGCCCUGCAGGGCUCCAGCAUCACCCAGAGCAGCGCCAGGAAGAUCUCCUGCGCCAAAAGGUGA